GGCGCGCUCAUCUUCGCGCUGGCGCUCUUCGGCAACACGCUGGUGGUCUACGUGGUGGCCCGCAGCAAGGCCAUGCGCACCGUCACCAACAUCUUCAUCUGCUCCCUGGCGCUCAGCGACCUGCUCAUCGCCUUCUUCUGCAUCCCCGUCACGACGCUCCAGAACGUCUGGGACACCUGGCUGGGGGGUGCCUUCGUCUGCAAGAUGGUGCCCUUCGCCCAGUGCACGGCCGUGGUGACGGAGAUCCUCACCCUGACCUGCAUCGCUGUGGAGCGGCACCACGGCCUGGUGCACCCGCUCCGCGCCAAGUGCCGCUACACCAACCGCAGGGCCUUCACCACGCUGGGUGUGGUCUGGCUGGUGGCGGUCAUCGUCGGAGCCCCCAUGUGGCACGUGCAGCGGCUCGAGGUUAAGUACGACUUCCUCUACGAAAAGCAGCACGUCUGCUGCUUGGAGGAGUGGAGCAGCCCCGUGCACCAGAAGGUCUACACCACCUUCAUCCUCGUCAUCCUCUUCCUCCUGCCGCUGCUGGUGAUGCUCAGCCUGUACAGUAAGAUCGGCUACGAACUCUGGAUCCACAAGAGAGUGGGGGACAGCUCGGUGCUUCGGACCAUCCAUGGAAACGAGAUGUCAAAAAUCGUCAGGAAGAAGAAGCGGGCUGUGGCCAUGAUGGUGACCGUGGUGGCCCUCUUCGCCGCGUGCUGGGCUCCGUUCCACGUCGUGCACAUGCUGGUGGAAUACAGCAGCUUCGAGGAGGAGCAUGAUGAGGUCACCAUCAAGAUGACUUUUGCCGUCGUGCAAUUCCUGGGAUUCGCCAACACCAUCUGUAACCCCAUCAUUUACGCCUUUAUGAACGAGAACUUCAGAAAGAACUUCCUGGCCGCCCUGUGCUGCUGUGUGGUGAGGGAAACCCUGUCCCCCGCAUGGCGGCGGCAUGGGCCCUCGGGGACGGCCAUGACGCAGAAGCGAGCCGCGCUGGGCCGGAGGGAGGACGCCGUGGAGGAGACCAAGGUCGAGGCGUUCAGCCACGGCCACAUCGAGGUCAAGCUGUGCGACCUGCCCGAGGAGACACGGCGGCCCCGGUGACCGCCCCCCUCUCAUCCUGGGCCGGAGCAGCUGCGUCAGGGUCAGGCCGUGGCGCACAUGGCAACAGCGCCCUCAUCGUUAAUGUCACAUCUCCAUCAUCGGAAGGGAAGUGACUGUGAGCACAGGCCAGAGACUUCUCUCACUGGUAGAGUGAUGAAAAGGAGUCACCUUAAGUCAUUUCCCCAUAAAAAUCUGACCUUAAACAUGAACACACAGUUUUGAGAAAUGAGUGACCCGUCCUGGGAUCAUUCGUGUGGAUUUAAAGUCUCGUACACGCGUGGCUGGUAGUCUCCCCUCCAGUCAACGUGAUGUGGCUUUUCUGUGUUGUUGAAACUGGAUGAGAAAAUAAAAAUGGCAUCUUCCUUCUUG